GGGGAGCUGGUUGCUGUGAAGGUCUUUAAUAAUGCCAGCUACCUCCGGCCCCAGGAGGUCCAGAUGAGGGAGUUUGAGAUGCUGAGGAAGCUGAACCAUGUAAACAUUGUCAAAUUAUUUGCUGUGGAGGAGACGGUAAGCAGGACCUCGGCUCAGAAACCUGUGGUGAUGGAGUACUGCUCGAGCGGCAGCUUGCUGAACGUGCUGGAAGACCCGGCGAACGCCUUCGGCUUGGCCGAGUCCGAGUUCCUCAUCGUGCUGCAGUGCGUGGUGGCAGGGAUGAACCACCUCCGCGAGAACGGCGGCGUCCACAGAGACAUCAAACCCGGGAACAUCAUGCGGCUGGUGGGGGAGGACGGGCAGAGCAUCUAUAAACUGACGGAUUUUGGGGCCGCCCGAGAGCUGGAGGAUGAUGAAAAGUUUGUGUCUGUCUAUGGGACGGAGGAGUAUCUCAUCGGCGUCACCUUGUCCCACGCCGCCACCGGCAGCCUCCCCUUCGUCCCCUUCGGGGGACCUCGCAGGAACAAGGAGAUCAUGUAUAAAAUUACCAGUGAAAAGCCCUCUGGAGCCAUUGCCGGGGUCCAGAGGCAGGAGAACGGGAACAUCGAGUGGAGCUACGAGCUGCCGGUCACCUGCCAGCUCUCCACGGGGCUGAAGGACCAGCUGAUUCCCAUUUUGGCUAACAUCCUGGAGGUGGACCAGGAGAAGUGCUGGGGGUUCGACCAGUUUUUCGCGGGUACCAAUGACAUUUUGCACAGGAUCGCGGUCGAUGUCUUCUCCCUGCAGCAGGCUUCCUUGCAUCGCAUCUACAUCCACUCCUACAACACUACCACCAAGUUUUUAGAUGCUGUCUUCAAGCAAACAAACAUAGUCCCUCACAACCAAGAAUACUUUUUUGAAGGUCAUCUGUAUGAGCUGGAUCCUAAUCUACAAGCUCAUAAUUUCUGCAAAACCACAGAGCACAACCCUCUGACGUUGCUGAGCACUGACGAGCAUCCAGGAGACGUGGUGGGAGUGAGAUACAGAGACCCGGCGCUUGAUUUUCCGAAAUUUGUCCCCAAGGUGGAUGUGGUGGCCGACUGCGGUGCAGCCAAGAGCGCGGUGGGUGCUGCUCACCAGACCCUGCGCAUCGCCCGGGCCCUGCGGCGCUGCCGGGAGCUGCUGGCGAGAGGUCUCCACUGGCUGAUCGGGAACCUGAAAACGGAGUGCUUGAGGAUUUUGGAGCAGAGGAGAGGGGCUGUCUCGGUGCUCACCUGCCUGGAGCUGACUGAGGUGAAGACCCGUGUGCUGUACGAAGCCAGUCCUGCAGGCGGUGGGGUGCCGGUGCUGAAGGACGUGGCUGAGGAGCUCUCAAAGUGCUCCCACAACAUCUUUGACUUCCAAGGGGCGCUGGACAGCGUUUUGUCCGAGCUGGUGAAGCACAGACAACAAGUGCACGAAGACAAAAGCAUCCGGCAGAUCGAGUGCUGCCUGGAGAAGAUGCAGCUGAUCUACAAGCAGUUCAAGAAGGCCAGGACAUGCCCACGGCUGGGCUACAACGAGGAGCAGAUACACAAGCUGGAUAAGGUGAAUUUGGGGCAUCUGGCCAGGAAAGUUCUGUUAAUUUUCCAGGAUGACUGUGUCCAGCGGUACCAGGAGGCCCUGGCCCUCCACGGCAGCAGGAUGAGGGACCAGAAAGUUUGUGAGAUAAAGAAGCAUCUGAAGAGGCUCAGCAACCGCAUCAGCUCCUGCAGCGUGGAGACGAUGGAGUGCCAGGACUGCCUGCAGAGCGCUCUGGACAAGUUUCUCCAGACAGAGAAAUGGAGUUUGGCCCCAGUUCCUCCCGUGCCUUCACCCAUCCAUCCAAGCCAGGCACGCCAGGAGAUGGCGUUUCGGAUGCAGGAGCUCCUGGAGCAGAUGAGGUCGGUCACUUGUGAUCUCCAGUUGAACAACAGCAUCAUCGAGCGGUUAAGCGCAGCUGCUCCCGCUCCUGGUAUUUGA